GACGGCGACGAUAAAGUUAUUAAAAGUAAAUUUUUUUCUAUUUUUCCGGAAAUUCGUACAUUAAAAUGUUAUUGUGAAUUCUACAGUUUUCUUAAUUAACAUUAGAGUGUCUUUCCAUGGCUGUUUUACAGAGUCGUGUCGAGGUUUUACCAAGUGAUGCUAAUUCUUAUGAAUUAUCGCUGAAUAUUCUCCAAAAACAUUCUAUCAACUCUCUUUUGAAUUUCGACAAUAACUCCACCAUGCCCCCCAAUAAAAGUGAGACAAUGAAUGACAUAUCGGAUUUGCUUGGAUUGAAUUCGCCCAGAGGACUUCUCAAUUUGAACCCCUCAGAAGGAUUGUGUACCCCACCAGCUAGUCCCCACAAUAUGCAGAUCAACUUCGACGAUUCGAAAUCCCAAGGCGGUUACUACGCUCCUAGCUGCGUCAAAAGUUUGCAGCGAAACUUGUCAUUGGGAAGCGCGGGUUCCAGUCCUGCCACCCCGACUUACUUGUCCAGAACAUUUAGAAGCACAUCCCUAAGCGACUCCUGUGGCAGUAACAGCCCAGCCAUUAUUGAUCAGCACUUCUUGAACAGAAGCAAUUCAAAUUCGCCAGAAUCGGACUACCCAGCCAGUAUUAACAGUCCAGAAUUAGCAGAACUACUGGGUUCGUUGAAUAUAAACGACACCGCAUCCAGGAACCCGCUAAACGGAGCCGCUAACAAUUCCCUUGACUGGGACCUCUCUAACAUUCAGAAUUUGCAAGCUCUCAGAUACCUGCAGCAAACCUCUCCCGCCGUUUACAAUUCUUUAUUUCCAUACGGAAAUCCUUUCGCGCCCCAGAUAGUAAAUAAGUGGUCUAAUAAUACUUCAGUUCUCAACUCAGUACCAGAAGCCUUCUACUUAGACAGAGCUGUUCGCUUUCAUCGUUUCGCCGCAUCUGUUUACGAUGCAGUGUGCACCUGGAGUGGCGUACUGCCUCUGCGAAACGAAAAACCAACUGGGUACUCCAGCAAGGUGUUCUUGGGUGGUGUACCUUGGGACAUAUCAGAGCAGUGUUUGAUUCAGGCAUUUAGACAAUUCGGACCUAUUAAAGUGGAGUGGCCAAGAAAGGGACGACUUUCAUCACAACCCAAAGGGUAUGUUUACAUAAUAUUCGAAUCAGACAAAUGUGUUAAAGCUUUAUUGCAAGCUUGUACCAACCAUUAUGGAAAUAAUGGUAAUCUGUAUUACAAGAUUGGUUCCAAAAGGAUGAAAUCCAAAGAUGUACAAGUUAUACCGUGGUAUUUGAGCGAUUCCAAUUACACCAAAUCCACCUCUCAAAAGCUGGAUCCAAGCAAAACCGUUUUUGUGGGCGCCCUACACGGUAUGCUAAACGCCCAAGGCCUUGCCAACAUAAUGAAUGACUUAUUUGAAGGUGUUGUUUAUGCAGGCAUCGACACUGACAAAUACAAAUACCCUAUCGGUUCAGGAAGGGUGACUUUUAACAAUCCUAGAUCUUAUUUGAGGGCGGUAUCAGCGGCAUUUAUUGAAAUUAAGACGGCCAAAUUUACUAAAAAGGUGCAAGUAGACCCAUACUUGGAAGAUUCCCUUUGCACGUUCUGCGGCGUUCAGCAGGGUCCCUACUUUUGCCGCGAAUUUACCUGUUUCCGGUACUUCUGUCACUCUUGCUGGUCGUUCCAGCACGGCUCGGAACUACGUCAUCACAACCCGAUGAGCCGCAAUUCCAAGAAUAAUCAGGUUAUGGGUCUGGGAUCCACCACGCCUAACGUAAGUUUUUAACUCCUUUUUGAAUCGCAAGAUAUUCACAAGUGCAAUUUUCCAAUGCCAUUGUUAUUCGUUCUUUUCUUAAGUAAUAAGGGUAUAGAACUUUCGUUGUUAACAAAAAAUUAUUACACAAAAAUGUUUUCAAAUAAAAUAUAAAUAUCCUAAAUACAAAGUUUCAAAAAACGAGUACAUUUUAAAAUACUAUAAAAUGGUUCUUAUAUGUUGUUAUUAUAUUAUGAUUUGUUGGGCAUUAUCAGCGUUUAUUCUUGAUAAAUGAUGUCUAUUUUUGGCAAAAGGUACUUAAAAUCUCAAAGUACUGUAACCAUAAUAGAUAUAACACUCUAACGUCUGAAAAUUUCUAAAAUUCUUCAUAUUUUCUUUUUUGUUAUUUGAUAUAAAUAAAUAUUAGACCAUUUUAUAAAUAUCGUGUUGUGUUCCCGCGAUAUUUUUAUUUUUGAAAUUAAAUAUACUUUUUAUUGUUAAUUCAUAAAAAUCCCUUACGUCAUUUUCAUCAGAAGAUUUUCAGUUCUUCAGUUUUUCAUCAGAAGAAGUUCUUAAAAAAAGUAUUCACAGCUUUUGUGUAAUAAUUUUUGUACUCUGUAGAGAGACAACGAAUGUUCUUAAUUCCUUUUUAAAUAAGAAAUAAUAAUUAGUAUAAUGUUUAAUCGGCUGUAAGCAGAGGGAUUGUUAAAGUUAUUUGGCUUUGUUGUUCCCUUUAGGGGUAUUAGUAUUUUUCCAUUUUUCUUGUAUUAAGUAGUACAAAAGUUGGCCAAAGAUUUAUAUAAAUAAAUCUUGUUAGUCUUAACUUUCUUCCUCGUUACAAUAGAAAAUUUUGUUUUGCUGUAGCGGACUUAAAUUCCUUGAUGUUUGAACGAAAUAAUUUGAUGGUAUUAUAGUUUUUUUCAAGUUGGUAAUAUUCGGGAAUUUUUAAUAAGCUACGCGCGUAGUUUUAAGUCGAUCUCCAACUUCGGAUUUUUUGUGGAGUGUAAAUAAUUCAUUGACGAAUAGUACUUUUAACCACGCCAUUCCUGCUGCCGCUCUAACAUGAAGUCGACAACACAAAAUUGUUAGAAGUAACAGUUCGAAACUUCCUCUAUCUCAGAAAUUCUUGACAGUAACCCCUGUUUAUAAGUUAAUUAACAUCGUCAAAUAUUAAAAGAAAUAUUUUCUUAAAUACUCGUUUUUUGUUUGGAAGCUGUUUAUAUUAUGGUUUUAACGAAUUUCAAAUAAUUUUCUCCAUUAUUAUGCUAGAUAUAAACAUAGUAAGGUUCGAACGAAAAUGUUGUGUGUAUUUGGUUGUGAGACAACCAAAUACACAACCAUACUGUAGGGUUUUUGUUUUCCUGACUUUGUCGACUACUAGCAGUGAGACUCAGGCUUCGUCAAGACAGAGCUGUAUUUCAUCAAAGUGCUUAGUAAAUUUCAUCAAAGUAGCAAUAUUAGAGCUAUAACAUGGAAUAUCAUAUUGUAAAACAUUUCUAUAUUCAUUAACUUCAUGUUACAGCGGAAUCAGGCGUGGUCUUUUAUUUUUACCAUUCAAUAUUUUGUAAUUGAUGUUGAUAAAAUGAUCAAAAUAAAGUACCUAAAAGAACCAAAUUAUACUAAAGUGUCUUGUUUGAAAAGCUCACUGAUCAAAAAUAUGUUUUUUCACUGAUUUUUUAUAGGAAUAUAUUUUUAGGGAGAAUUUAUUUUACACAUUUAUUUUUUUCCCUUGUUCAU